AUGCAUCAACACCCUCGACCGCCGCCUCCCACAGCCUCCCCCGCAACCUCUGAGCAAACAAACCCCAGCCGUACAAAUAACCCGAGAGAUCGAGACGUCCACGCUCUCCGAACAAACUCUCCUCUCACCCAAGGCUCCAAUUCCUCCGAGGACUUUGCCUCUGCCCGUCAAGAUCAACCGGCGGACAACCCCGGCGUCCAAAUGCAGAGGCUUAACCAGGUCAUCCAGAACUUCCACACCAAGUCCGCCUUAAUCAUCCUCCAGUCUCGAGUCGAACUGGCCCCGGCAUACUCGCAGAAGACGAACGACAAGAGAGUGAACCGGUGGUUCAACAUAGACAUUGAAGAGACGGAUGAGUACAAAGACGAUAUCAAGAGGUGGAAGACCUGUGAUGUCGAGUACAACAGACCUCCUCCGUUGGUCAUCGAGGUAUUCCUGAGCACCGAGUCCUUGCAGCAAGGACAGCGGUUGGUCAUCGUGGACGAAGAUGGCAAGCGGUGGGAUGUCAUGAAUACCUUGAUGUCUGCCCGCAGUGCUUCGCGCGGAAGUCUGCGCCGAAUGGGGGACAUUGACGAAGUCAUCCUCGAGCGGUGGACCAUUGAACUCGGCGAACCGAAGGCUCCCAUCCCUGCCGACCUCGCCAUGGUCCUGCCGCUGGUCUACAAAAAGAGCAUCGUUUUCUUCCGAUCCCUCUACACCUAUAGCAAUUUCCUUCCAGCUUGGAAAUUGUCGAGGAAAAUUGGCAAGGGUCGCUCCCACAUGGCCUUGAAACUGGGUUAUAGGUUGGUGGACGGCUCUCAAAUGCGGAGUUUGUCCCGCUCCGACAAUCUAGGCACGCGACUUUUCGACAGCAACUCAGGCGUCUUGUUAUCGUACGAUUUCGGCGUGACCGAUUCACCUGCUGGACCCUUUUCCGUCAAGGUCGAUUACCGCCAGAACUGUGACUUCCGGAUAGACGACUCGGAGGAGCUGUUGAGCUCGCGGUUCUUGGGCGCAGAUGACGAGCUAUUCCGGCCGUCACUACCGAGUGAGAAGGCGCCGCGGACAGAGAUCGGAUCCUUACCUGCAGACAGACGACAGAGACUACUGGAACAGGCAGAGCUGGGUCACGCAUAUGGAAGCCUGACAAGUUUCCACCAGGCGGGUAUCGCUACAGGGACCGACCCUAUCUCUGCUUUACGAAACGCUCAAGAUUUCAAUGCGAGCUCUCCUCCAACUCCGGAACCGGCCAGGCCAGCGGUGCCCUCCCCUGCAGCAGGCCAAAACUCGCGAAACUCUCUCAGAGCUGCAGCAGCCGGCCGACGAAGUUCAACUUCAUUCUCCGUCCAACCGUUCAAGACACCUACUUUGUCAGCAUCUCCUCUUGGCGCCUCUCCUAUGGCCAGUUCGCCAAGAACUUAUUCUGCUCGACUUCCUGUGCUAGGCUCGUUGACGGAAGAGGGCAUUUCUCCCUCCGCAGCGGCUCCUCUCACUCUGGCCGGCCGACGAGCUGGUUCUCUUGCCUCGGACAAUGCUAUCGCCUCCUCAACCUCGAGUUCUCCCAAACCCGCGCCAGUCACGAGAUAUAGCAGCAGUUUCAGCCACAGGCGUGCGCGGCUUUCUUCAGGAGGUACGACCAUACGAACAGACGAAGACCAGACAAGCAGUGGAAAAGCAAGCGCCACCUCUUCCGCACAACCUGAUGACGACGGUGAGAAUAUCUCCACUUUCCUGAAGAUGCUGGAACAGCAAAGGGACCUCCUAACUCCAACCACUCCCACUGCUGCCGAAGCAAGUACCAGGAGAACCGCUGCGGCAUUGAAUCGAUAUCACAGAAUGCGAGAUUCCAACACUGCGUUGUCGGAUUCCAUGUCUUCAUCACUAAUGAUGCAUAGAUCGUACGCUUCGUCCAGUCGACAAAUAUCCGGGGUACCUCCGAUGGUAGCGGGAACUUCUAUCUCGACCUCUUCUUCUCCUGGCAAACCAAUUUCACCUCAUACGCCGCACACCCCCUUUGCUCCGUCCCGACUGAGUGCUGCUUACAGUCACGAUGAUGCCGACGAGCCCCAUCGUUUGGCCCCCGAGGAGCCACCUUCACCCUCUGAGGCUGCGACAGAGGAGACUGCACACGCUCAGUCAACCUCCAAUGUACCUGCCAUCGAUAUUCCCAGCUCUCCCAGACCAUUUCCGUCGUACCAGCGGUCAAGUUCUGCUCAGCGCAGACCGUUGAGCUCCGACGAAGACAUUGGUGAUCUCUAUGGGAUGCGAAGUGCCAGCAUGGGAGCUGAUCGUCGGGGACAUCGCCGGGAGUCCGCUCAGGAUCUCGCGGAUGGAGCUGCCGGCGAGGGCCAGGGGCCAAACCGACCAACGCCCAUCGGGUCACCUCGACGAUUGUCCCAAGUUCAUCGUCAUUCUGGCCUUGCAACGGCCCUCACGAACGAUGACGGCGCCUCUGAUUCUGCCUCGGGACGAUCCUCCGCCAACAUUUUCCGUAACCAAGUUAGCAGCAGAAAUGGUAUCGGCCGACGAGUCACGCCUCCUCAAGGGUCGACGGCAAGCACGGGUGGAAGACGAGCCAGCAUUGAUCCCGGAGGCAGCAGUGGCAGCGCACCGUGGCGAGGUAGAAGUAGUGGGAGUCGGCCAGAAAACCGCUUCGACGAUGACGACCUUUUACCUUUUGCCAUGGAAAGGAGCGAUUUCAAUACGGCUGGGAGAGCUGAUGGUGUCAAUGGAGGAUAG